CACACAUCUCCUGAAAAACACUGACAGCAGUAAUUAUAUGGGCUCAGAUGAGUUCACAGACACUCCAGUCCAACUGUCUUCAUUUUGGUACAGGAGCUCUGUUAGACUCAGAGAGAUUUUCAGAGUCACUGCUUGAAGCUGCUGUCAAACACGAGAUUUUACACAAAGAUGACAGAAACAAACAUCAGUGAUAUUGCCAGCAAAGCCCCAGAACCUGAGUUUCCACCAUGUAACAGGGAUGAUAACAAAGUGCGUGCAAAUCUGACUUACAUUUACUACUUCAUGUUUGUCUUCAGUGUUAUCACCAACCUGCUGGUUCUGGUUAUCAUCCACCGGUUUGAGAAGCUGUACACUGUGAUCAACAUCUUGCUGGUCAACCUGGUGACGUCGUCCCUGAUCUUGAUGAGCAGCCUUCCCUUUCAGGCCGUCUACAUGCAGAUGUCUACAUGGAUUUUUGGCUCAGCUAUGUGCAAGAUUGUCUUCAGCGUCUACUACCUGGGUUUUUACAGUUCUGUUUUCUUUCUGACUCUGCUAACAUUUGACCGUUACCUUGCUUUUGUACAUGUUAUGCCUGUAGUACAUGUAAGGAGUCGACGCAAUGCAAUCAUUUCCUGUGCAGUGGUGUGGGUGAUCAGUGGUUUGGCUUGUGUCCAGCCAAUGAUUCUCCAUGGUGUCUUUUCCCAAGAAGACACUGAGCACUGUGAGGAGUUUGCUCACAUUGAUGGUAUAGAUCGAAAGAUGCUCAAUAGAUCCAGAUUUUAUAUUCAGCUUUUUAUCUUCUUGAUCCUCCCUCUGGCUGUUAUCAUAUUUUGUUACAUUAGGAUUGUGGUCACCAUUAAAAAAUCCCAAUCGACUUCUAAAUUCCAUGCAGUCAGGGUGAUAUUUAUGAUCGUAGUGUUGUUCUUCAUCUGCUGGAUCCCAUUUAACAUCGUAGAACUCCUGCAUUAUAAAUACGAGUCUGAUUUGAGCUGUGAAGCUAAAAAGAGACUCGGUUACGCUCUUCGUGUCACCCGCAACAUGGCGUACAUUUACUUCUGCAUCAGUCCAAUAUUUUAUACAUUUGUGGGAAAAAAAUUCCAGAACCAUUUCAAACAGCUGCUGGUGAAAUGUUUCCCACAAUUACAAGAUCAUAUUUCUUUCAACACAAACAACACAACAACAAGAAAUUUGUCUUAAGAAGUGAGUUUAUCUCUGAGUUUGUCAUCAUUCACUCUGAGUCAAAACAAAUACUUACUUACAACUGCAUUCAUGCUUUUUAAAUUUCAGACCAUCUUUUCUGGCUAUAACAACCCUCACUUUGACCUAAUGUAUUGUUAUCAUACUGAAAAAUAUUUGUGGAUAUUAGUGCAACUAAAGCUCAUGAUUGUGAGUGUUUAUGUCAUACAGCUAAGCCUUUUGAAUCAUUUCAUGAUUUGUUUACAGGUCUACCAUGCAGUUCACACACCUUAUGGCCAAGUUUCAAAAUGCAGCUUGCAAAAGAGUAAUAAAGGAGACAAAGCAAAUAAAUAGACAACAGACUAUUUAAAAAAAAUAAUAAAUUUUUUGACCUACAUAAAAAAUGCUAUUUUGAGGCAAACGACAGGGAAACAUGGUGGAUGUGAAGAUGAAUGAAGGUAAUACUGGAGGAAAAUCUGUUAGAGCAGAAUCCUGGUCCUAGAAAGGAACCAUCUAACAGGCUUUAGAUGCAUCCCUGCUCAUACACAACUCAAUCAAAUAAUUACUUCUUUAGCAUCACAUUUGACAAAGGCGUGGUAACGAUCCAUUCAUUUGAUUCUGAUGUGUGUGAACAGCACACACAUCAGAAUCACACCAAAGCUUAGAGGAGAAAGGGCCUUCUAUGUUUCUGCCCCUAAGCUUGGGAACGCGCUACCGUUAAACAUCUGACAGGCUCCCUCACUGUCCAUUUUUUAAAACCUGUCUGAAAACGUAUUUUAAUCAACUGAGCCCAAUGUUCCCUCUAAUUGUUCAUAUGUCUGGGCGUACACACAAGCUUCCUGGGCACACUGCGGACCACUGUGAGCAUCAUCAGUGUACACAGCGUGGCCACGCACAAGUAUCAUAAAUCUGGGAUCAUAGAAAGUUGCAUUGCUUAUUAAAAAAUCAAAUUACAUCAGCAAUUUUCAUUCUUUUGCUUUGAAUUUAAGUGAUUUGCUCA